GCGAAAAAAAGCGCGAGCGGGAAAAUUUCGGGACUUGCACCGCUCUUCUUGUAUUUAUCGUGCUGUGUGCGCGUUUUCGUCGUACGAGUGCAUUCGCGAUGAAGAGGACAAACCCUUUCGCCGACGACGUCCCCAUACAGAGCAAAUUUUACGCCUCCGAAAGAGAAGUGGAGAAGAAUUGCGAAAAGCGCAUGUCGGCCGUCUACUCUAAAACGUUGAGGAUGCUGUACUCUGCGUCGCAUCAGCGCCAUGGCAAUGCCAAGCCUGAAGGAGGACAGGCGAAUGGAGCUGCCUCAAUGGACACGCAAUCCCAGCAAUGCAGCGCAUGCCACCGAAAGUGUGCAACCAAGACAAGUUGCACCUUCUGUGACAGGCCGUCGUGCGACUCUUGCACUCGGCUCUGUGCAUCCUGCGAGAAACCUUAUUGCACUCUGUGUUCCGUGCUAAGGUACACUCAACAAGGUGAAUAUGCAACAUGCCUGUCGUGUGGAAACUAGGCUGCCAGAGAAUUGGAAAGUCUCUGUACAUAGUGUAAAUAUCCGCAAAUUUUGGGCUGCUACUUAUGAAAUUGGAUGACGGCGCUGAACUGUUAAACAUGUCGCUGCAAGUCUUGGUGCUUUCAGCCUACUGUAGUGUAUGUGGCUAGUGGGCUUGUCGCACCAAACUUGCAAGCUGGGAACAGGACACCUUUAAUUACGCUGAGAGUUUUGCAUUGUGCAUGCGAUUUUCACGCGUAAACUGUUUGUGUUCUGACAUGCCUGUUUGCUCUUGAAUUAAAUCAUUCUCACAAUGAAAGUAUCCU